AUGGACGGUAGCUUUGACUGUGAUUGUGACUUGGUGCUGAAGAUAGGUGACUUUGGCCUGGCACGGAUCAUGGAUCCUCAUUAUUCCCAUAAGGGUCAUCUUUCUGAAGGAUUGGUUACCAAAUGGUACAGAUCUCCACGGCUUUUACUUUCUCCUAAUAAUUACACUAAAGCCAUUGACAUGUGGGCUGCAGGCUGCAUCUUUGCUGAAAUGCUGACUGGUAAAGCCCUCUUUGCAGGUGCACAUGAACUUGAACAGAUGCAGCUGAUCUUAGAGUCUAUCCCUGUUGUGCAUGAGGAAGAUCGGCAGGAGCUUCUCAGCGUGAUUCCAGUUUACAUUAGAAACGACAUGACUGAGCCACACAAACCGCUAACUCAGCUGCUUCCGGGGAUUAGUCGUGAAGCACUGGAUUUCCUGGAACAGAUUCUGACCUUCAGCCCCAUGGACCGGCUGACAGCCGAGGAAGCACUUUCCCAUCCCUACAUGAGCAUCUACUCCUUCCCAACAGAUGAACCGAUUUCAAGCCAUCCUUUCCACAUAGAAGAUGAAGUGGACGACAUUUUGCUUAUGGAUGAAACACAUAGUCACAUUUAUAACUGGGAAAGGUACCACGACUGUCAGUUCUCAGAACAUGACUGGCCUAUUCAUAACAACUUUGAUAUUGAUGAGGUUCAGCUUGACCCCAGAGCUCUGUCUGAUGUCACUGAUGAAGAAGAAGUUCAAGUUGAUCCUCGAAAGUACUUGGACGGAGACCGAGAGAAGUAUCUGGAAGAUCCCGCCUUCGACACCAGCUACUCUGCUGAGCCUUGCUGGCAGUACCCAGAUCACCACGAGAACAAGUACUGUGAUCUGGAGUGUAGCCACACUUGUAACUACAAAACAAGGUCAUCAUCAUACCUAGAUAACCUGGUGUGGAGGGAGAGCGAGGUUAAC